AUGUCCGAGAACCACGAAACCAACUCCAGAUCAGGCUCCAGAUCAGGCGAGGAGAUGAUCGCACUGGUCCGCGAGAGCUACGACCUGCUCAAAUCAGAGAUCAGCAAGGUCAUCGUCGGACAAGACGAGGUCAUCGAUCAGAUCCUCAUGGCGGUCUUCUCCAGAGGACACGCGAUGCUCGUCGGCGUUCCAGGACUCGCAAAGACACUCGUUAUCUCCACGAUCGCGCAAGCGAUGGAGCUUGAUUUCAAUCGCAUCCAGUUCACACCUGAUCUCAUGCCUUCAGACAUCACAGGAACCGAAGUGAUCGAAGAAGACAAAGCGACGGGACAGCGAUCGCUCCGUUUCGUUCCUGGCCCGAUCUUCUCGAGCGUGAUCCUCGCCGACGAAAUUAACCGAACCCCUCCCAAGACCCAAGCGGCGCUGCUCGAAGCGAUGCAGGAGCGCCAGGUCACCGCUGGAGGUCAGCGCCACGCGCUCCCCGAUCCGUUCUUCGUGCUCGCGACGCAAAACCCACUCGAGCAGGAAGGGACCUACCCACUCCCUGAAGCACAGCUCGAUCGAUUCAUGUUCCAGAUCCUCGUGCGCUAUCCGAGCGAAGCGGAGGAACUGGAAGUGAUCAAACGAAGCGCGACCAAAGGCGAGGAUCCAGUGAAUGCCGUGGUUGGUCCGGAUCGGAUUCUCGAAGCGCAGAAGAUCAUCAAGCACACCCCAGUCCCAGAGCAUGUAUGUAAAUACGCUCUGCGACUGGUCCGCGCCACGCGCGUCAACGAGUCGGACGCAUCGGGAAUCCCAGACAUGGUCCGCGACUAUGUGUCGUGGGGUGCUGGUCCUCGCGCCAGCGAAGCGCUUGUCCACGCCGCUAAGGCGCACGCGAUGCUUGUUGGGGAUGGAUUGGUGAGUGUUGAGACGAUCCGCGCGAUCGCGCAUCCAGUGCUGCGCCAUCGCAUCGUGCUCAACUUCAAUGCACAAGCGGAUCAGGUAUCGACGGAGGAUGUGAUCGACAAUCUCCUCCAACUCGUCCCAGCGGACGGGCUUGAUGACCAUUCCCGCGAUGCGCUGCGGAGUGUCAAUGGAUACCUGGAGGUCCGAUUGCUCUCGCAAACCACUGAAUACGCAUUGCGUGCGACCAUCUGUCUGGCAUAUCGCCCUGAUGGUUUGGUGUCCACAUCGGAACUCGCGGAGAUGACGAAGGUUCCGAUGAACUACCUCGCAAAGGUGCUCCAGCUCCUUGCACGCUCGGAAAUCGUCACAGGCCGGCGCGGCGUUGGUGGGGGAUAUCGGCUCUCGCGUCCCGCGAGCGAGGUCAGCAUGCUCGAUGUGAUCAACGCGAUCGAUCCGAUCAAUCGAAUCAAGAGCUGCCCGCUCGAUCUCAAGAACCACACCUCGGCGCUGUGUCCGCUGCACCGCAAACUCGAUGAAGCGAUCGACAUGCUCAUCAAACAGUUCUCCGGCGUCUCCAUGGCGGAUCUGAUCAGCGAUCUGGGAGGGACGAUGCCGCUCUGUGAUGAGAAGAUGACCGCCGUCGUCGAUUUGCACCGCCUUGAGCUCCAGCGCCGCGCCAAUCGCGACGACAUCGCCGCGCUCGGUCUGCUUCCCUAUGGACAGCGGACCGAUGAUCUGAUGAAUCUUGAGCAGGCGCACAGCGCGUAUGACGAAGCCGCGGAUCAAGCGAACAAAGACGCGAACCAGGCGCGCAAGCAAGCGAAGCGCGACAAUCCCGAUAUCAGCGAGAGCGAUCUCCCAGAACUCGUCGAUGAUCGUCCACGCGUCAAAGUCGCGGGACGCGUCGUGCUCGCGCGCGACAACGGCAAACUCGUUUGGCUCAACCUCCGCGAUCACUCGCGCGACGCGUUUCAGAUCGCGGUGUCCAAGCGUGACUGUGACGAGCAAGGAUUCGGACUCGCGAAGAAGCUCGAUCUCGGAGACAUCGUUAUCGCUGAGGGACCGCUCACGAUGACCAAUACUGGAGAGGUCACCUGCUGGGCCGAUACGCUCGUCCCGGCGAGUAAGUGUCUCGUCCCUCCUCCAGAAAAACACGCUGGACUCACUGAUACGGAGAUGCGCUAUCGACAGCGCUAUCUGGAUAUGUGGGUCAAUCCAGAAACCACACGCGUCUUCAUGCUCCGCGGCGAGCUGAUGAAAGCACUCCGCAGCAACCUCGAUCGACUCGGAUUUGUCGAGGUCGAUACGCCUGUGCUCCAGACACAAGCCGGAGGAGCCGCGGCGCGUCCAUUCUUCACGCACAUGAACGCGCUGGACAUCCCGCUCUCGCUCCGCAUCGCGCCGGAGCUGUACCUCAAGCGAUUGCUUGUAGGCGGGAUGCCUCGCGUGUUCGAGGUCAGCCGAAACUUUCGCAAUGAGGGGCUCGACAAGUCGCACAAUCCUGAGUUCACGAGUCUCGAGCUCUACCAAGCGUUUGGCAACUACGAAACAAUGCGCGAGAUCGCGGAGGGUUUGGUGCGUGAGAUGGCGCAGACCGCCGCACAAGCGACCGGAAGCAGCGUCGACUCGAUGCCGUUCGGUGAUCUGAACAUCAACUAUGAAGCACCGUUCGAGCGUGUGACCUACAAAGCACUCUUCAAGAAUGCGCUGGGAUUCGAGUUCGAUGAUCUGGAUCGCGCUCGCGCGGAAGCAACCAAGCGCGGAUUCAAAACCAAGAGCGAAGACGGCACCCCGAUCGCAGACAUUUUCGUGGUCAACGAACUGUUCGAGGAAGUCGCGGAAGCGACGAUUGAUCCGAGCAAGCCGACCUUCGUGUUGGAUUACCCCGCGGCACUCUCGCCACUCACGCGACCCAAAGCGGACACGAUGGAUGACACGAUUCCGCUCGCCGAGCGUUGGGACCUGUUCAUUGGUGGUAUGGAGAUCGGUCCAGCGUACACCGAACUCAAUGAUCCAGACAUCCAGGAAGCGAAGUUCCGCGAGCAACUCGCGGGAGUGGAUGACGAGGAAUCCACAUUCCGUAACUUCGACGAGGACUUCAUCAACGCGCUCAAAGUCGGGAUGCCUCCAGCGGGAGGUCUCGGACUCGGGAUUGAUCGUUUGGUGAUGCUGCUGAGCAACUCGCGCACGAUCCGCGAUGUGCUCCCGUUCCCGAUGAUGCGUCCACGCGCGGAUUGA